ACACAUAAAGCGCAAUGGAUCCACGCAAAAUUUGCAUGUUUGUGUUCUGUCAAUUUGCCUGUGACAUUGAUGAGCUUGUUUUCAUGGAGCCUGCUAAAAGGAAAAGGGUUUCCCUUGUAUGGAAACACUUUGAGCAGAUCUCUACAAAUAAGGGGGAUAGAGUUGGAUCCAGCCAAGACCGCAAAGGCCAUGGUUGAGACCAAAUAUCAACAAGAGAAAGAGAAGACCAAAGUUGAGGUCCAGAAAGUUCCUGCAGCAAGGAAGCUGGUGGGCUAUUUUAGAAGCAGCACAACUGUCAAAGAGAAGCUGGACCUUGUUCAAGAGCAUAUGGGAAAACCAAAAAAGAAACUGAUUCAGGAGGUUGAAACAAGGUGGUACAGCAGCUUUCAAAUGCUGGAGCGAUUAGUAGAACUCAGGGAGCCUGUAAGCACUGGCAGGCUUACAAACUGGUAUUCCUGCGCUGACCUCUGAUGAGUACAAUAAUGUUUGUGAGCUCCUGUCUAUACUGUCUCCUUUUCACACGGCCACUGUGGUGCUGUCAGAGGAGAAAAAGGUAUCUGGCUCCAAAGUGGUGCUAUUAUUGAAAAUGGUGGAAAAGAUGCUCCAGGAAGAGGCAGCAAAGGCAACGGUCC